AUGGGGAAUGGAGGAAGUUUCUCAGGUGCUAAUGGACUAGAAAGUCAGGUUGUGGAGAUCCUGACUCCUCGGAAGAAGCCUUUGUUUCACCUCUGGUUCAAGAUCCUGCUUGGCCUGGUGUUCCUCAUCUCGUGCUACACUCUGUACAGUAGCUCUCAGAUAUGGAUGACCUCUCAACUAGGGCAUUACAACAGGCACCUUAAUUGGACCACUCCACCUGAAGUUCCAUUUUCUGACAAAAUUCAACCAAUCGAAAAAAACACCAAAUCCCACACUGAACUUCCUACAACACUUCCUACUGCAGCACCUAUAGGAACUUUGUACCACCAAGCCUACGCACGCAACUACCACUUUGUUAUGAAUAACCCAGAGGUGUGCAAAACCAAAACCCCUUUCCUGAUCCUGCUGGUUCCAGUAGCACCAGGUAACGCACAAGCCCGGAAUGCUGUCCGGCAGACAUGGGGCCACCUCAGCCUUGUUCAGGGGGAAGUGGUGGUAACUCUCUUCAUGCUUGGACUCUCUAAAGAAGCUGAUGUGCAGCAGCAAGAGAAGCUCCAACAGGAGAACCUUCAGCACCACGACCUGAUCCAGAGCAACUUCAUUGACACCUACCUCAAUCUGACAAUCAAAACCAUGGUGAUCAUGGACUGGCUGGCUACCUUCUGCCCAACAGCAGCGUACGGCAUGAAAAUUGACUCAGACAUGUUCUUGAACAUUGACAAUCUGGUGAUUAUGCUGAGUAGGCCCGGUAUACCCACGGAGAACUACCUGACAGGGAUGCUUAUGUGGAACAGGCCAGUUGUCCGUUCAUUGGACUCCAAGUGGUAUGUCUCUGAGGAGAUGUUCCCAGACCCCUCGUACCCGACCUACACCCUGGGCAUGGGAUACGUCUUCUCCAAUGAUCUUCCAAGGAAAUUUGUGGACAUCUCAAUAUCAAUAAAGCCCUUUAACAUAGAGGACGCCUACAUUGGCAUGUGCAUGAAAAAGCUAGGACUUGAACCCACGUCUCCACCAAAUCCCUCCCAGUUCAAGGCCUAUAUCGCGAAAUACGACCGCUGCGAAUUUUCACAGAUCAUCACCUACAUCCUUGGUUCUGCAGAACAGUUGAUAAAUUACUGGACAGACUUGAAAAGGCCUGAGCCACCUUGUUAGGACACUGACUACUACAAAUAGAGAGAAAUCAUUUGACUUGAAUGGGCCAGGUGACAGAGUUCUGGGAAUUGUAUUUAUUUGGAGAAUUAUUUUACCCUAGUUUAGAAUGUGAAGGAGCCAAUUGUGAGUCAACACAGUAGUUUCCGAACAACUGCACGAAAUAAAUAUGAGCAUUUAUUUAAUUUGUUGAAUUUAAAACUCCCAAAAACCUUAUGAAGGAUCUG